GUUAACUCAUCUCCUUUGUAUAGAAUAAAAUACCUACUUGAAGUACCAAAAAUGCCCCGGUCGAUAUACAUGAAUUGUCCAAAAUACCCUGGUCGGUUCGCAAUUGCAAAUAAGCGCUCUUUUAAGUAUUGGAAAAAUGAUCAGGAGAAGGUGAUCGUUUGUUGUAGCGAUGAGGGUUGUGAUCGGAAAAACGUACAGUCUGAUGAUUUCUCGGAGGGAGAAGAUGAGUUGUUGCAAGAUAAAUCGAUCUAUUCUUGGAGAUCUUGCAUCAAAGGAGAGGGGCAGAUAUUCAGUGUGGCCGACGAAUUUCGAAAGAGUGUCAAAAGCUAUGCGAUUGCAAACAAGCGGUCUUUUAAUUAUCGAAAAAAUGACAAGCAAAAGGUCAUCGUUUGUUGUAGCGAUGUGGAUUGUGAAUGGAGAGUAUAUGCAUCGUUAUACAAAUGGGAUCACCAGUUAGCCAUCCGAAAAUGCAAUCUCGUCCAUACUUGUGUACUCAUCUUCAUUCCAAAGAUUAAACAAACAUUAUUUUACAAGCAUUUCAUCAAACACUUGGCGAACAUAGAUAAGAAAAUCAAACAAAUAAUCAGAAACAUGAUAAGAACCCGAAAAUACGGCAAGAACCCUAUCGAUUAUGUAAAUAUGGUAAGAACACGAAAAAUAAAUAUACUAAUUAAUCAGAAACAAAGUGUGAAUUUUAAAAACACAAACCCACCACAACUUAAAGUACAUAACUUAUUGAUUCCGAAGGUGGAAAAUCCAGUCUCUUUGAAGCAGUUCAUGCCUAUCAGUUUGCUUAAUGUCAUCUACAAGUUACUUACUAAGGUUCUCACGGAACAGUUGAAGCCCAUACUGCCAGAUAUUGUUAAUCUGGCCCAAGCGAGUUUUGUCCCGGGACGGCAAAUAUCUGAUAAUAUUCUGGUUGCCCAGGAGGUUCUCCACUCUCUUAGACGGAAGACGGGUAGACGGGGUUUUAUGUUGAUCAAGGUGGACUUGGAGAAAGCUUAUGAUUUUUUGUCCUGGGACUUUAUUCGGGAUACUUUGGUUUUGGCUGAUUUCCCUCUGGUCUUCGUGAAUACCAUUAUGAAAU